GCCUCCUGCCCCGGCGCCGGUGCAAGGGGCCUGAGGGAAAUCGCUCCAGAGCCCCCUCGCCCUACGCUGGGCAGUCGGGCAGCGAGAGCGGAUCCCGGGACGAGGAGGACGAGGAGGACGAGGAGGAGGGGAGCCGAGGAGCAACCAGGCCCAAAGCAUAGGAUGGGGCCCCCCUUACAAGGGCCACUGGCAGCCAGAGGCAACACAGUACCCCCAACCUGGGGCCAGGACACCAGCUGAGUGGGGUGGGAGUCUCUAGGGCCAUGGCAGGUGCCUCAGUGAAGGUUGCUGUGAGGGUACGACCCUUUAACGCCCGAGAGAGCAGCCAUGAUGCCAAGUGUGUGGUCAGCAUGCAGGGCAACACCACCUCCAUCACCAAUCCCAAGCAGAGCAAGGAUGCCCCCAAAAGCUUCACCUUCGACUACUCCUACUGGUCCCACACUUCGGCAGAGGACCCUCAGUUUGCAUCUCAGCUUCAAGUGUAUCAGGAUAUUGGAGAAGAGAUGCUGCUUCAUGCCUUUGAGGGCUAUAAUGUCUGCAUCUUUGCCUAUGGACAGACAGGUGCUGGAAAAUCCUAUACCAUGAUGGGGCGGCAGGAGCCUGGGCAGCAAGGCAUUGUACCCCAGCUCUGUGAGGACCUCUUCUCCCGGGUUAACGAGAACCAGAAUACUCAGUUGUCCUACUCUGUGGAGGUGAGCUACAUGGAGAUCUAUUGUGAGCGUGUACGGGACCUUCUGAACCCCAAGAGCAGGGGAGGACUGCGGGUGCGAGAGCACCCCAUCUUAGGUCCCUAUGUUCAGGACCUGUCCAAGCUGGCAGUUACCUCUUAUGCCGACAUUGCUGACCUCAUGGACUGUGGCAACAAGGCCCGGACAGUGGCUGCCACCAACAUGAAUGAAACUAGUAGCCGUUCCCAUGCUGUCUUCACCAUUGUUUUUACCCAACGUUGCCAUGACCAAUUCUCAGGACUGGACACAGAGAAGGUCAGUAAAAUUAGUUUGGUGGAUCUCGCUGGGAGUGAACGAGCUGAUUCUUCAGGGGCCCGGGGCAUGCGGCUGAAGGAAGGUGCCAAUAUAAAUAAGUCCCUCACCACAUUAGGAAAAGUGAUCUCAGCCCUAGCAGAGAUGCAAUCAAAGAAGCGUAAAUCAGAUUUCAUCCCUUAUAGGGACUCUGUGCUUACCUGGCUACUAAAGGAGAAUUUAGGAGGAAAUUCACGCACAGCAAUGAUUGCAGCUUUAAGCCCUGCAGAUAUCAACUAUGAAGAGACACUCAGCACCCUCAGAUAUGCAGACCGCACCAAGCAGAUCCGCUGUAAUGCAGUUAUCAAUGAGGACCCCAAUGCACGGCUGAUCAGAGAGCUACAGGAGGAGGUAGCCCGGCUCCGAGACCUGCUGCUGGCCCAGGGGCUCUCAGCCUCUGCUCUGGGAGUUGCAAAGCCAGAGGAGGGAAGCUGUGGGACUGGCUUGCCUGCCCUGUCGUCCCCACCUGCCCCAGACUCACCUUUGGGUCCUCCAGUUCACAAUGGGGAGCUAGAAUCAUCAUUCUCUUCCAAUGCUGAGCCACAUAUUGGUCCUGAGGAAGCUAUGGAGAGACUACAGGAGACAGAAAAGAUCAUUGCAGAGCUGAAUGAAACAUGGGAGGAGAAGUUACGUAAGACGGAAGCCCUAAGAAUGGAGAGAGAAGCAUUGCUGGCAGAGAUGGGUGUGGCCGUACGAGAGGAUGGGGGGACUGUGGGCGUCUUUUCCCCCAAGAAGACCCCUCAUCUGGUGAACCUCAACGAAGAUCCCCUGAUGUCAGAGUGUCUGCUCUAUCACAUUAAAGAUGGUAUCACCAGAGUAGGCCAGGUAGAUGUGGACAUCAAACUGACUGGGCAGUUCAUCUUAGAGAAGCAUUGUGUGUUUCGGAGCCUCACUCAGCCUGAUGGAGAAGUUGUGGUGACUCUGGAGCCCUGUGAGGGAGCUGAGACAUAUGUAAACGGGAACCCUGUGACCCAGCCACUGGUGCUAAGAUCAGGGAACCGAAUUGUCCUGGGCAAGAACCAUGUCUUCCGCUUCAACCAUCCCGAGCAGGCUCGGCUAGAACGCGAGCGAGGGGUCCCUCCACCCCCAGGGCCACCCGCUGAGCCUGUGGAUUGGAACUUUGCUCAAAAAGAGCUCCUAGAGCAACAGGGCAUUGAUAUCAAGCUGGAGAUGGAGAAGAGGCUACAGGAUCUAGAGAAUCAAUACCGGAAGGAAAAAGAAGAGGCUGAUCUUCUGUUAGAGCAGCAUCGAUUGUAUGCAGACUCAGACAGCGGGGAUGACUCAGACAAGCGCUCUUGUGAGGAGAGCUGGCGGCUGAUAUCGUCACUUCGGGAGCAACUUCCACCCACCACAGUCCAGUCCAUCGUCAAGCGCUGUGGCCUGCCGAGCAGCGGUAAGCGCCGGGCCCCACGGCGAGUCUACCAGAUUCCCCAGCGGCGGCGGCUACAGGGCAAGGACCCCCGCUGGGCCACAAUGGCAGACCUGAAGAUGCAGGCAGUGAAGGAAAUCUGUUACGAGGUGGCACUAGCUGACUUCCGACAUGGGAGGGCAGAGAUCGAGGCCCUGGCUGCCCUCAAGAUGAAAGAGCUGUGCCGUACCUACGGCAAGCCUGAAGGGCCUGGGGAUGCCUGGCGGGCCGUGGCAAGAGAUGUCUGGGAUACAGUAGGGGAAGAAGAGGGAAGUGGAGGAGGAGGGUCUACUGAGGAUGGGGCCCGAGGGGCUGAGGUGGAGGAUCUGCGAGCACACAUUGACAAGCUGACUGGAAUCCUACAAGAGGUGAAGCUGCAAAACAGCACCAAGGACCGGGAACUUCGGGCACUGAGGGAUCGAAUGCUGAGGAUGGAAAGAGUCAUCCCCCUCACACAGGAUAAUGAGGAUGAAGAGGAUGUUGAGGUGACCUGGGCAGCCUCAGAAGGGACAGAAGGUCUAGAAGAGGCAACUUCUGGGGCUAUUACCCCUACUGUCCAGCCCCCAUCCCCUCCUCCUUCAAGCUGGGAGCGGGUGUCUAGGUUGAUGGAAGAGGACCCCGCUUUCCGACGUGGCCGUCUUAGGUGGCUCAAGCAGGAGCAGCAGCGCCUGCAGGGGCUCCAAGGGCUUGCUGGAGGUCGAGGUGGGGGGCUUCGCAGGCCUCCUGCCCGAUUUGUUCCACCCCAUGAUUGCAAGUUGCGAUUUCCCUUCAAGAGCAACCCCCAGCACCGGGAGUCAUGGCCUGGAGUUGGGGAAGGUGGGGAGGCUUUGGCUGUACCCCAACCCUCUGACGAGGGUACUCUUGUAUCAGCCCCCACUUCUAGAAGGCAACCCAGUCCUCGCCGGCCCCACAGGCCCCGGAGGAACUCCCUGGAUGGAGGGGGCCGCCCCCGGGGUGGGGGUCCCAGCCAACCUGAAUCCCAACAGUUUCAACCCAAGAAGCACAAUUAUUAUCCCCAGCAGCUUCAGCCUUACCCAGCUCAGCGGCCCUCUGGUCCCCGAUAUCCUCCCUAUACCACACCUCCUCGAAUGAGACGACAGCGCUCAGCCCCUGACCUCAAGGAUAAAGGGGCAGCUGUGUGAGGGGAGGGCGCAGCUGGGACCCCUUGCUGAGAGGAGAGAUGUGGGCUGCUGCUCCCCCACUUGUAGGAUUGUUGGCACAGGCAGGGACAGAGAUGAGAGGGGCAGAGUAGGUGAUGGGGGACUUGAGCAGGUUGGUCUAGGAGUUGGACAUAGUAGGACGCACAGUGUAGUGUUGCCAGGAGUAAACCAAAGGGAAGGGAAGGAAAGGGGGAUAGGCUGCCUUGAGGCCAUGCCUCCCAGAGGGGGCACCUCCCCCCAAAUGCUGCUAAGAGUGGGGUGCUGUGUAGCCAGUUUUGUGUGUGUGUGUUUUUUUUUUGUUGUUUUUGUUUUCAAGUGGAGCAGUUAUGAUGACACUAAGAGGGCAUUAUGAAAUUCCCUCCCCAAACCAGUGUCUGUGGUGGGUUUCCAUGUUAAGGGGAUGGGGCUGUCCUAAGAUUUCCCUUCCCCUUCCAGGCCUUCCACUAUAUCUUCAGGGGCAUGCCAGGUUUGGUUGGGGUCCCACAGCAUGGUGGGACCCUUCAUUAAAAGGAAGCAAACAGGGAGGUCUGUGGCUCGUUAUUGGUGUUGUGAUGGUGUACAUGGGGGGCACAAGGCAGAGAUGUAUAACAAGGAUCGAGGAAGAGAUUAGAAUAGAAGAUUAGGAGAAUCAACAAGGCUCUGUGCAAGUUUUUCUUGGGUGAGUGUAUUGUUUGGCCUCCAUGCCCAGGCUGAACACGCCCUGUGUUACUUUGUUUUUUUGGGGGGGGGGUUGGGGUGGUGGAUAGGAGAAUGCCAUUUUAAUGAGGGAGACCUGCUCCCUGCCCAUUUGUUCUUGGGAAAUUGCAAGGCAUCUAUGGAGGAAAUACUUUUGAUUUACUCCUCACUCUGAUACUGCUUUAGUCAUGUCUUUCCUUUCUUUAUACAGAGUGUAGCCCAGGGAUUCUCAAAAUUUUUUUUUACUCACAGCAUAGUGUUUGCCAUCAAGAGUCAUAACACACUAAACAUUUAAAUUGGCAACAAAGAAGGUUUUGAGGUGGUGAGGCCUUGGGAUUCUUCUACUUCUCCUCCUCCUCAAAUACUUCACUUUCUUUACCUCCUUGGGACUUACAGAAGAGGAAGAGGUGAUUUGUACCUCUUUGGAUAGAACUAUUAUUGUGAACUUCCUGAUUCUAAGCCAAGAAUAGUCAGUACCCUACAGUGGGGACAGGGACAGGGGAUUUCAUAGCACUCAGCAGAAACUCACUCCGCACAAAUACUACUGCACACCUUUUGAGAACUACUUCUGUACUUCUGUGUUAUCACAGAGCUUAGAUUUUAUAACGCACUUUACAGUUACACUACCCAAACAUCCUGCCUUACCAAAGUCUUAUCAAGUGUCACUAUCACCCCUUUUCUCAUUACACUGAAGAAAGAAGAGCAGUUGAAUGGAGAAGUAAGGAGAUUUAAGAAAUGCUUUACUGGGCUCAAUCAGCAUCUUGGCCAGUCUAAUAUUUUGUAUCUGACAUGCUACUUGUGGGAAAGCAGUUUUCCACAAAAAAGGAAUGUCACUCUAAUAUCUAUAUUUAAUCAAGCAGCAUCCUGCAGUGGAUCUAUUAUCUAUGCACUUGUAUUAACCUUUCUUGAUUAUAUUUACAUUUUCAGCUUUUGCCAUCAUUAAGGGAGUGAGUGCCCUAGGUUUUGCACCUACCUGUGCCAUAACUAGACCAGGGAAACAUAGUUUUAUCCCCAGGUGCUAAGUUUAGAAGAAGUUGAUAGCACUUGUCCUUCAACAACAUAGAAACAAUGAAGCUUAGUACUACCUGACAGCAGUCUGGAAUGAUUUUCUCCAGUUGUUCCCUCUCUCCCUUCCCCCCAACCCAAACAACUCAACUGAGAUUUUACCAUGUAUAGUUUCCCUGGUGUAGUUUGUGGUAAUUUUCUCAGGUGCAAAUGUUUCUCGUUAUUACUCUGUUUCCUUUGUUUGCUCCUAAACUAUUUUCAGACUUCCAGGAGUUGAAAAAUCUGCUUGCUUUAGGAGUUAGUGGUUUGAUGAACAAACCCAUUUCUAUCCUGGUCACACCUUUUACAGCCUUGGAGAUUGCUUUAUGUCUUCUACUUUUCAGUGAGAGCCUGAUUUUUUCAGUCUUUCCUCAUGGGAAACUUUGCAACGCUGGUACUUCAGCUGUCCCGUAGACCUUUUCCAACUUCACACUGUCUGCUUUGAAUGAUGACAGGGCCUACACACAGUCUAAGUGCAGAUACAUAAUUUGUAUCAGAGUAGGACACUUUCUAUUUUGCUGUUGACAUCCAUACUUGAAGAUGACCGAUUUCUUGUUUAGCAGCCAAUUGCAGAGAGAACUUUUGGCUAGUGUCAGAGUGAAAUACCCUCCCAGAUCUAGGUUGUAACUGAUAGGCCAUUAACUCAUUCACUGGGAUUGAAUUCACUGGCAUGCUUACUCUGUGCCUAAUGUUUUACGAGACUACAGAGGAUAAGAAAAAAACUAUUCUUGCCCAUGAGGAGCAUGUACUCCAAAUAGGGACACUAACUGCACAUGAAACCAAGAAUAUUCAUGUCUAUAGUGUAAGGUUUACAAAGAUUCUCCCAACAGGACUGUUCUUAUGAAGUAAGUGGAACAAGCAUCCUUAAUUUCUUUUUAUAGAUGGAGAAACUGAGUCAGAAAGGGUGUGUUGUCAAUAUGCACGGUUACAUUUGAACCGAGUUACUAUAAUUCAGUGUAGUAUAUGCAUGCAAACAAGUUGUGGGGGGACACACUAAAUACACCCAGAACUCAACAGGAAAGCACUUAUCUAUGGUAAGGUUAUGAAGUCAGCCAUUGCCGUUUCUGACUACCCAUACACUUUAGAGCAAAUUUGUACUGAUGAUUGAUUUUAAAAGUAAAAUAGCCAUUUCUAAAUAUUUGUCCUCUCCAACCCACUUUUGAAAUGAAAGACAAAACCAACCAUCAUGAUCACAAUGUAUAUAAUCUGUACCUGCAUUCUUCCACCUUUCUCCCAAGAGGGGAAGGUACCAAUACAUACACUCUUUUAAGAUGUAGUCAAUAUUUUUGUAUAAUCAACACUGUGGGAACUUGAGUCCUGGAAGUUCCCAUAUAGGAGGUAGGUAGAACAGAAUUUGAGAGACAUCCCUGCCUUGGAAAUAAAAUUAUUGCAUAUGCUCAAGGACAAAGGAAAGGGAAGGAGAUUUAGACAUGGGUGUAUAGGUCUGGAACUCUGUGCAUUUACUCUUGAGCUUUAAGAGUUUCUCAUCCUAGGGGAAAUUGAGGUGCCCAGCAAUUACUGAUGGAGCCAGGGCUGCUGAUAACCUUGUGGGCAACCAGCCACGAACUUUGGGAUUGGUCCUGCUGGACUGUUGAGACCACAAACCUCCUCGGCCUAAAACUGCUGAUUAGGACUCAGAGGGGAAAGCUCAGAUCAGAGCCAGCUCUUCCCAGAUUUAUAGCACUCAAAGACCCAAACAGCAGGGAUCAGUGUAGCAAAGGCAAGUCUGGAGUAGGGGAAAUGGAGGGGACCGGGGGGGGGGGGAAGACCACUCACACCAUGCUUCCAAUGAAGAUUCCUUUCCUCAUCCUUUCUAUGAUCUGCAGUAGUGAGUGGUUCAGGUUUAUUUUUUUAGCACCCCCUAAAGAUCUGGGAGGAUAAGCAGAUGUUUUGGGGGACUGGGUGGAGGAGGGUGCUACGUAGUAGUGUUUAAUAUUUUCCUUUCAUUUUAAUUAUGUCCAAUAAACUGUUGCCAAAGUA